UGACAAGUUGCUGGACAUGAGUUUCAUGUUAUCCUUCUUUCAUGAGAAGGCGCCAUGGCCGCCGAACAGGAACAGUUUUUCCAAAUCUUGACAACUCUUUUGUCCACCGAUAAUAAUAUCAGAACGCAAGCAGAGGAAGCAUAUUCUAACUUGCCUAUAGAAACAAAAGUGAGUCAUUUGUUAGGGGCAAUUCACAAUGCCAAUUUGGGCGAUGAGGCUAGGCAGAUGUCUGCCGUUCUGCUCCGUAGAGUUUUUUCCAAUGACUUCAUGGAUUUUUAUCCAAAAAUACCACCUGAGAGUCAAAACCAACUGAAAGAACAGGUGUUGAUGGCUGUGCAACAAGUACAGACUGAACAAUUACGACAUAAAGUAUGUGAAGUCGUAGCAGAGGUUGCAAGAAAUUUAAUAGACGACGAUGGAAAUAAUCAGUGGCCAGAAUUUCUUCAAUUUCUCUUUCACUGUGCAAAUGAUCCAAAUCCAGUUCUCAAAGAAGCAGCUCUUCAAAUGUUCACAAGCGUACCUGGUGUGUUUGGGAAUCAACAAAACAACUACUUGGACCUUAUCAAGCAAAUGCUUCUGCAGAGUCUUCAACCUACUGAAGCCUACGAAGUUCGUUUUCAGGCAGUAAGAGCUGUCGGAGCAUUCAUUCUGAUCAAUGAUAAGGAAACUCAAAUUUUGAAACAUUAUGCAGAUUUGCUGGCGCCUGUGUUACAUGUCAUAGCAGAAAGUGUACAUCAACAAGAAGAUGAUACUCUCUUGAAAGUUUUGAUUGAUUUAUCUGAGAAUGCUCCAAAAUAUUUGAGACCACAGUUAUUGCCCAUUUAUGAAAUGUGCAUGAAGAUUUUCAGCGAUUCUGGAGCUUUGGAUAGUUGGAGGCAACUGGCAUUAGAGGUAAUGGUAACUCUUGCUGAAAUGGCUCCAGCGAUGGUACGUAAAAAUGCAAGCAAGUACAUGGAACAACUUAUCCCUUUGAUUUUACAAUUUAUGGCUGAUCUUGAAGAAGAAGAUGGUUGGGCUGAAUCGGACGAACUUUUGGAUGAAGAUAAUGACUGCAACAAUGUUGUUGCCGAAGCUGCUCUUGAUCGAUUGGCUUGCGGAUUAGGUGGGAAGAUUAUUCUUCCCCUUGUUACACACAGUAUUCCCAGUAUGUUAGCAAGUCCCGAUUGGAAACAAAGGCAUGCAGCACUUAUGGCUUUGAGUGCAAUUGGAGAGGGGUGUCACAAACAAAUGGAAAGUAUGUUACCCCAGAUCAUGGACGGAGUACCUGGUGUUAUGGAUGGAGUACUUCGGUAUCUACAAGAUCCCCAUCCUAGGGUUAGGUACGCAGCUUGUAAUGCUGUUGGACAAAUGUCUACAGAUUUUGCUCCUGUAUUUGAAAAGAAAUUUCACGAUCGGGUUGUGCCAGGUUUACUAAUGCUUUUGGAUGACAAUGCCAAUCCAAGAGUUCAAGCACAUGCUGGUGCUGCUCUCGUCAAUUUUGCUGAAGAUUGUCCGAAACAUAUCCUGAGCGGGUACCUUGAGGCUCUCAUGGGUAAACUCGAAGGUAUUUUGACGGCUAAAUUCAAGGAGUUGGUAGAGAAAGGUACAAAACUGGUUUUGGAACAAGUAGUAACAACAAUUGCUAGUGUAGCUGAUACAGCAGAAACUGAAUUCAUAGCAUACUAUGAUCGACUGAUGCCAUGCCUGAAAUAUAUCAUACAAAAUGCUAAUAAAGACGAGUUGAAAUUACUACGAGGGAAGGCAAUUGAAUGUGUUACUUUAAUUGGAAUGGCUGUAGGUUCCGAGAAGUUCAGUGCUGAUGCUACAGAGGUUAUGGACAUGUUGCUCAAGACUCAUGGAGAAGGUGCUGAAUUACCAGAUGAUGAUCCACAAACAAGUUAUCUUAUUUCUGCUUGGUCAAGGAUUUGCAAAGUUCUUGGCAAGAACUUUGAACAAUAUCUUCCUUUAGUUAUGGGACCAGUAAUGAGAACGGCUGCUAUGAAACCUGAUGUAGCAUUAUUAGAUAAUGAUGACAUGCAAGGUGUGGAGAGUGAUGAGGACUGGCAGUUCGUUUCUUUGGGAGAACAGAAGAAUUUUGGUAUUCGGACAGCUGGUUUGGAGGACAAGGCGGCAGCUUGUAGUAUGCUCGUAUGUUAUGCAAGGGAACUGAAAGAAAGCUUUUCGAAUUAUGCCGAAGAAGUUGUCAAACUGAUGGUACCUAUGCUUAAAUUUUACUUCCAUGAUGGAGUUCGAAACGCCGCCGCCGAGUCUUUAUCUUGGCUGCUUGAGUGUGCGACUUGCAAGGGGCCUGCUUUUGUUGGAGACAUGUGGAGAUUCAUCUGCCCCGAACUCCUCAAGGCUAUAGAUACGGAGCCAGAGAGUGAAGUUCUGAUGAUAAUGCUCGAUGCCUUGGCAAAAUGCAUCCAAAAACUUGGGCCCUCUUACAUCGACCAAGAAUCCAUGACUGAAAUUUUGAGGAUAAUUGAUAGGUUAAUGAAGGAGCAUUUCGAAAGGGCCAAUGAUAGGCACAAAAAACAUUUGGAUGAGGAUUACGAUGAGGAAGUACAAGAACAGUUGGAAGAUGAAGAAUCAGAUGAUAUUUAUGUGCUCAGUAAAAUAACGGAUGUGAUUCAUUCAAUGUUUUUAGUUUACCGAGAAAAUUUCCUGCCGUUCUUUGAUCAAGUGUGUAGUCAUUUUGUAAAUCUGCUUACACCAAAUCGAAGCUGGGCAGACCGACAGUGGGGUAUUUGCGUAUUCGACGAUGUUAUUGAAUUCAGCGGUCCAGCUUGUGCCAAAUACCAAGCAUAUUUCCUAGCACCUCUAGCUAUGUAUGUUAAAGACAAGAGCUGUGAGGUUCGACAAGCUGCAGCUUAUGGGUGGGGUGUUUUGGCCCAGUUUGGAGGCGAACAGUUUGCCGGAGAAUUGGCUAAAAUUAUUCCUGUCCUUGUUGAAGUUAUAAACGAUUCUGAAUCAAAAGAUCCCAGAAAUAUCAAUGCGACUGAAAAUGCUAUCUCAGCUGUUACCAAAAUUAUGAAAUAUAACAAUUCACAGAUAAAUUUGGAUGAAAUUAUACCUUUAUGGUUUUCUUGGCUCCCAGUCAUUGAGGAUUCGGAUGAGGCUCCCCACGUUUAUGGAUAUUUAUGUGAUCUUAUUGAACAGAAUAAUCAACAUGUACUAGGAGCCAAUAAUUCGAAUAUUCCAAGGAUAAUUAAUAUAAUAGCAGAAGCAUUCUUCAGAGAGGCAAUAGAAGCAAGUAAACCAGAAGGAUUCAGACUGGUCAAUAUUGUUAGACAGGUUCAAUCAAACGAAUCAUUUUUCCAAAGCGUGGUACAAUCUUUGGCACCUGAAUUACAGCAGGCCUUGCAUAUUGCUUUACACACGCCUCCUUCCUCUUAGUUGAAGAAAAUAAUUAAGUUAUUGUUUUAACAUAAUUUUUUAAUAAUCUCAAGAGUUGAAUUGAAAGUUAGAGCUAUAAUAAAUUAUUUUUAUAUAAUUGAAAUUUCAUAGCAAAAAUCUUCAAUGUUUGUGUAGUCUGAAUCAAGUUUUUACAAAUAUUUUUGUACCACAAAUUAUUUACCUUGAUUAGGUAUUAGUUUUAUUUUCGACCAACUCUUGGUUGAUUAGUGUACAUAGAUUUUUGCAACUUUGGACUGUAUGUGAUACUUUUUUCUUUAAAUUCACAAUAAACAUAUUUUUGUCUACAAAGCAUCGUUAUGUUUUAGAAUUUAUUACUACUAAUGACAUUAUGUGAACGUCGCAAUAAAAUAUUAUUUCUUCUCGAAAAAUUAAAUUAUUGGAAUGGUGUUCUAUAAUGAAACCUUCGUUUGUAAUUACAUAGUGUUGAUUAUA